UGUGGGAGGGUUCUUCUUGCAGUGCGUGCUGCUUGCCAGUACGCUGCUUAGAGUCGGAAUGCAAUGUCUGCUCUGCGCCUCUGGGCGAAGGAACGUUCUGCAAUUCCUCCUUGCAGACUGUCCGCUACUUUCGAUUAGGUAUUAAUCGGGAUCAACUUACGAAUUAUAUGUUUCUGGGAUGCACUAUCCCCCACUGGACGUCACAUGCGAUCGGAAAAGAAGCACUGAGUUAGCAUACUAGCUCCAGGUUUGCUGCUGUAAAGGCAGCCUGCCAGCUGCACUUGCAUCCUUGGGAGAAGCUACCUUCCUUUUCUACACCUGCACCAUAUUAACGGGGGCACUUUGGAAGGGACCAAGUUGUAACGCUGCAACAGGGACACAUCUUGAAGCUAUGCAAACAUCCACCGCCUCGGUAUCUAAUAUUUCAAGGGCAAUUCUGGCUACCGAGGACGGCAGCCGUCCACAUAAUAGUCCAGGUCAGUGCACACCCUUGACUCCACCAGCAUUCGGCACUUUGAAGGUACAGAAUGGAAAUGGCACCAAUAUUGGAACUGUCAUCACCUUUCAGUGCAUCUCUAAACACCGGCUAGAAGGAGAUGGCAUUGUUACUUGUGUGUGGAAAGGCAACAACACACAAUGGACAGGAGUAAUACCAGCCUGCAAAUCUGUGUCCAGGUAUGAGGAGUUUGGAUUUAGAGUUGCAGUCAUUGCCUCCAUUGUCAGCUGUGCAAUAAUCCUUCUGAUGUCCAUGGCUUUUCUAACAUGCUGCUUAGUCAAAUGUGUAAAGAAAGGAGAAAGACGACGGCCUGAAAGGGACAUGCAGCUUUGGUAUCAAAUUGAAUGCAGUGAACUGGAAAAUAUGCAAGCUGUAUAUUACGGUUGCAAGGGAAGAAAUAAUAAUAAUAAUAAACCACAAAAUAAAGAAACAUUUGAUGAAAGAGGAAACACAUAUGACAAUUUUUGCUUUUGCAGAUGCCAAGAUGAUCAGUUUAACAAGGAUGUUUCACUUGCAAUGUCCUGCACAGAAAGAGACUGUCAUUUGCCAUCUAGGCAACAUGAUCAUGGUGUUUUUAAGGAAUGUAAGCAUCUCAAAAGUAUUCCUUCUGUAAAAACAGAAACAAAAAUAUAUACAGCAGAGGUCCAUUCGUGUAGCCAGGGAAUUCAGAAGAACCGUUGGCACCAUUUACCAGGAUAAAAACUACAAGCUGUACUGCUCUGCAACAGUAUAAGUGCAAACGACUGUACCUCAUGUGCCUUAUGGACUAAUUAAAAAAUAUGUACUGGGGCCAUUUCUGGUAGAAGUAUUUUUUUUUCCUCUGAUAAGAAAAAUGUUUCUUGUUCUGGUGGAUUUUGAACUAUUUAUAUCAACCUUAAAAGGGGCAAAAUGAUCCUGCGUGCAAUUUUUGCAUUUGUGUAAAACAACUUCGCAGAAGCUGAAUAUUACUGUCAUGAUCACAUGAUCACAGUCUGUACAAUUACAGCUGUAAAUGCUUCUAGUGAGAUAAAAUUGUAGUCACACACAAAAGAAUUAUAUAUUGAAAGUGUAAUGUAUUACAAACAAAGAAGAAUCAUCUAACAAGACUACUGUAUUUGAAAUACCAUAGAUAUACCAGAAAGAAUUUAGUGUGUUUCUUUAAAAAACACAGGACAAUCAAAGUUUUGUUUUAGAAUCAGAAAAGAUCCAGUUCAGUGAAUAAAGAUUUUAUAAUAAAAUC